AUGGCCGAUUUGCUCCGAAAAGCCCAACUGCCCGACUUGUCAUAUUAUCAGGCGGUCGGAAAAUCGGUCGAAUCAACCCCCAAGAAGAGAGACCGCAAAGCAUCCACAGUAUCAACAGAGGAUACUCCUCCCGCUGUGGGAGUGAACGGAGUGGCUGGAUCCGCCAAUUCUGCAGUACGCCCCGGCGCCGAGAUGUCAAGUUUUCAUACAACAGCUCUGGCACAACAGCCGCAGUAUGCUAUCGACAAGGAGGAGAAUGGUGCAGCUUCACUUGUCACUGCUCCGAUGGGGAGUCUGUAUGAAGUAACGCAGUUGAGCGAUAUUCGGGCUACUUCUCCCGAACGGCAGCACGCGCAUGAUCUCGUUACGGAUUUUGUCUCGCGGGGAGCAGUAGAUUUACAAGAGGCAGAGGAAUUGUUUGACCACUUCGACCGUGUUCUCAACCGCUAUUUGUGGGAUGGUAUUUUACUCGUACAUAAGGAUCUAACUUCUCUGCGAAACUCCUCUUCUAUGCUUUCUGCUGCCAUUUUUGCUGUCACAUCUCUCCACCUGCCGAAUAAGGAACGUACCUUCGAUGCAGCCUAUGCGGAGUUUGCAAAACUAGCAUCUGAGUCGAUGCUCGAUAGGCAUCAUACUCUGGAUGAUUUGCGCGCAUUAUGUAUAGGAGCUUUCUGGCUUUCGGAUGUGAGCUGGAAAUUGUCAGGGAUAUAUCAUGCUUUCGGCCCCGAUGUCGACUUGGAGGUUCCAGAAAGCGAAUUUUCCAUUAUCGAUAAAUUCGAUACUGACCUCGGGGAUUGGCGCUCUGCAUGGUUACCGCGGCUAGCCGGUAGUCGGUAUGUUGGUGCGUACCCUUACAAAGCUGUAUAUCUACACUAUAAUUUCUGCCGAUUACAAUUGAACUCUGUCGCCUUGCGAACCUACCACUCUUCGAAUUCGACGCGUCCUAUGUCAGCCGAACGGAAGAAGCGCGCAAACUUGGCUAUCGAAUCUGCGAUUGGGACGCUUAUGGUGGUCCUAGAUGAACCUGACAUUCAACGAGCUUUGGUUGGAGUUCCACUGUACCUUCAUAGCAUGAUCACAUUUGCCGCCGUCUUCCUCUUGAAAAUUGCCGCCAAGGGCUACUCGAACAUCGUCACGAGCAGUCAGAACCAACAGAACUCGAUUGCGUCGGCAGGUCUCCACAUCGAUGUCUCCAAGCGCGCCAGUGAGCGCCAUCUCAGUCACCAUAUAUCGCGCGGCUUGAUGAAAAUGCUUACAGGGCUCGAGGAAUGGGAGAAGAGAAGCUAUGGCAAUCCACAGUCUUUUGGGCAGGGCGCUCAGGACAACGCUUCGAUGUUCAAACCUGUGAUAAUCCCUGGGGCCCAACCAUUGGGCGAGCGCGACACGAUCUUGAAUCAUCCGCCCCCUCUCUUGGGGGUUGCGCCCCUAUCCGCGGAGAGAGGAAACGGUGUUGAUUUUGAAGUAAAAGAGCAGCAAAUUGGACUUUCCGAGGGCUCUGCUGACCCUAUGAUGGCCGACCUCUGGGGCUUUGAUGAGGAAUAUUUCCCCACCGGCGUGUUCGAUUUCCUCCAGUCCCAGAUGCCGGCAUGA